CGCCAAACAGCUCCGACGCAAAGAGGGAAAAUAAGAACAUCGCAGCAAACAAUCCAAUUGCGUUCCUCUUGAAAAAAUUCGCAGCAAUCAAUCGUAUUCUCAGCAGUCGGAGACUUGAAGGAAACAAGGUGAAAAUCGGUAGUUUCAAGCAACCUCAAACUUGAAGCUUCAAAGUUUCAGAUCCUGAACCAGAGAAUGUCAUCUCUUCUUCAUUAUCCUUCUACUAUUUCAACCAUUAGUUUUACUCGGAUACACAACAGGACCCUGAAUUUCUUGAGAUAUCCAAAUCCACACCGUGGACGGACCUUGUACCAAGGAUGCAUUAAGCAUUCCCAUCUUUGCUGUACAAAUAUGCCUGUAUGGGAAUCCUCACCUGUCAAAUAUGCUCCCAAUGAUGAUGAUAGAGGGGACUUCCUGAAGGGAACUACCAACAUCUUUGAGACCCUGAGUUCCGAUAAGACAAGUGGAGAUCCUAUGACCAAUAUUGAAGAGGUCACAGAUACAAGCAAUAAGCCAUGGGCAUCAGCACAGCUUCAGUACCUUAAAUGGCCUUUGUGGCUUCUGGGCCCUUCCCUUCUUCUUGCCACAGGCAUUGCGCCCACCCUAUGGUUACCCACUUCUUCAAUUUUCCUCGGCCCCAACAUAGCCAGCCUACUUUCAUUGACAGGACUCGACUGCAUUUUUAAUCUCGGUGCACAUAUCUUCCUUCUCAUGGCUGAUUCUUGUGCCCGAGUGAAAAAUCCAACUGUAGACUGUAGCAGCAAGGCUCCUUUAAGUUACCGGUUUUGGAACAUCGUUGCAACAGUUACAGGAUUUAUCAUUCCCUUGAUCAUACUGUUUGGAUCCCAAAAAGGCUGCCUUCAACCGCAGCUCCCUACCAUUUCGUUCACUGUUUUAUUGGGUCCCUACCUUCUGCUUCUGUCGGUACAGAUGCUCACUGAGAUGCUUACAUGGCACUGGCAGUCACCUGUGUGGCUGGUGACCCCGGUCAUCUACGAAGCAUACCGUGUGUUGCAGCUGAUGAGGGGGCUGAAGCUCGGGGCAGAGCUAAAUGCACCGGCAUGGAUGGUUCACACCAUUAGGGGACUGGUAUGUUGGUGGAUACUGAUUCUCGGCAUCCAGCUCAUGAGGGUUGCUUGGUUUGCUGGUUUCACUGCUCGUGCUCGUAGACUACAGUCAUCUGCCAUUGUUGAUGCAAGUUAAUCUAUAUGGCAAAGAAACAUAGAGGCUCCAGGUGCUUCUAUACGUAGGUAUCUUAAGUGAAAACUGUAAUUGUAUUAGGCUUGGUAAGUUAAUGAUCCACUCUUUCCAUUACGGCCCUUCUUCUGUGUUGUGCUCUACAUUUAUAACAAGAGAUGUAUAUAACACAUGGGUGACUACUGGGUAUUUUUCAGUAAAGUGAUGUUUUGAUA